AUGAGUAAUAAACAAAUUAAAAAUAAUUCAAAUAAAUUUCAGAUAUACCAAAAAUAUGGAGAUAAUCGUAAAUAUAAUCAUUUCAAGGAAUAUGGACUUUUUUUUUUAACAAGACUCAAGGACUUAUUAUGUAAUGUCUUAAUAUACAUAAUUAAAGUAUUUCUUAAUCUAUUUAUUUCGUUAUUUAAUUGCAUUACUACUGUUAGAUUAGAUGAUAAUACGGUAUAUUAUCCUUGUUAUGAUUUGAGAAAAUUUUAUCCACAUAAUCCUGGUUCUAUUCGUAUAUAUUCAGUCAAAAAUAAAUUACAAGAAGUAGGUUUUGCAUUUGAAUAUCGUGGUAUAUACUAUUUCAGUACUGGAUUUUUUAAUUUAGAUGAUAUAAUUGAAAUAAAUGGGAAUAAAUUAAAUCUUUAUCAAAUUAGUUAUACAUUUUUAUGUUCUGAAAAAGUACAUAAUUUAGUUGAUAUCAAAGAAGGAGAAAAAGUAUUUUUAAUUUCACCUUAUAUGCCACCAAUAAUGGGAAAGUGUAUAUUAAAUAGUCCAUAUAUAUAUGCUUGGUUUCCAAUUCAACCUGCCUAUUAUAAAUUUGUAGGGCUUCCAAUUGUAAAUGAAUUGGGACAAUUAGUAUCAAUAUAUGAUAAUUUUAAAAUAAUUGGUGAUUCAACUUAUAAUAUUUUGGGUGAAUUGAGUAUUUGGAAAUUUAAUAAUACUAUUUUAAAUGAAAAUAAAUUAGAAGAUAUCUUGAAAUUACAAAUAUAUAAAAGUAUUUUUUAUUUAGAAUCAUUAAGUGGGAUUAAAGAUGAUAAAUUAAUUUUAUUUAAAAUUACUAAUAAUUUCAAAAAUUUAGGUUAUAUAUUUUCUUAUAAAGAAGUAUAUUAUUCAUUUGAUACUUUUUUAGAUUUAAAUGGUUAUCUACAAUUUAAAUUAGAUGAUAAGGAUAAUAAAAUACAAUUCUCUAAAAUUUUCCGACAUUUAUAUUGUUCUAGUGAACAUAAUUUUUAUACACCGAUUCUUGGGGAAAUUGUAAAUGUUUUAAAACCAGAAGAAUUAUUAAAAUCUAUAAGUGGUAUUGUUAUUAAAGAUAAUGACGGUAUUUGGGUUGAAUUUAAUCAAGGGGAAUAUCCAGAAAUGGAAUAUUUUGGAUUACCACUAAUUAAUAAUUUUGGUCAAAUAGUUGGUUUAUAUGGAGAUUUUAAGGUUUCAAAUAAAACUAAGAAAUAUCCUUAUAGAGUAUUUUUAGGAGGACCAUUAAUUUAUAAGGAUUAUUUAGUACAUACUUCAUUGAACUUUUUUUCUAAAUCAUAUAUAGUUCAUCCAAUGAAUAUAAAUCAAUUUCAACAAUUAAUUGAAACAAGCUUACAAAAAAAUGAAUUAUUUAGUAGAGUUAUAAUUUCUGUUGGUUCAUCAUAUAUAGCAAAAUUAUUAGAAGAAUUAGUUUUAUCAUAUAUUAAAGUAGAUAAUAAAUAUGAAACAAAAUAUUGUAUAAUUACAGAUAAUCAACCAUUAAGUAUAAUAAAAAAUAAAACAUUAAUAAUAGCAUUAACAGAUUGGAUUACAUCUACAAGUAUAAGAUCUAAUAAUAAAUUUCCAUAUGAAGAUAAUAAAAGUCUAUUAAUAUUAUGUAAAAGUAAUGCAACUUUAAUGUCACAAGAAUUAUUAGAAAAUUAUUAUAACAAUGCUUCCGAAUCUACACGUGGUACAUUCUUGAAAGUAUCAUUAGAAUUAGAUAAUAUAUGCACAGCAAAUAAAAAAAAAGAAUUAGUAGAGAAUUCAAAUUAUGAAUUUGAAAUAGAGGACUCAACUAAUAAUUAUAAUGGAAAUACUCUUAAUGAUUCAUUGAAACGAUUAAUAUUUAAAAUUAAAAAUAAGUUUGAUCAUUUCUUAAAUAAUUAUUCAAUUUAA